AUGCAGAAGGAUGAGGCCAAGAUGUCGCGCUCGCUGCCUGGAGGCUGGUUGGAGAGCGGUCACGGAGCUGUGGUGGUGUUUGUGAAGGACUUUCGAGACCCGCUCGAGCGCCGCAAGAAGCUUAUGUUGCGACCGUGGGCCAGCAAGCAGCACAAGUCACCAUAA